GUAGAAUCGGGCUGAAAUGACCUGAGGAAGUUAGCGAGUGUCUUCUCUCUUUCACUCCCACAGACAGACGUGGUGAUCGCGGUCGAGGAGGUGCCAUGGAUAAAGUGAGGAAGAUCCUGGUGUAUGUGUGUAAGGACCGAGCGGCUCCACAGCGAGCUCAGUUCGUGCAGAGUAUAACGGGGCACUUCACUGACAGCGCCGAUGAUGAGGUGGAGGUGAGCUGCACGCUGGAGAAAAAUCAGUUCAUUCUUUACAAAGGAGACAGAGGUCAAAGGGUCCCUCUGAAGAGGCCUGCCUUCUGUCCCAUCAAACACCUGCCAGCCACAGAGGCAGCUGCAAUCCCACAGGAUGUUCAACAGCGUGGCGUGGAUGUGGGCGUGGCCAUCAUCCUACAGACAGCCAAUCAGAGAGUGCUGCUGACUAGGCGGGCGAAGGAGCUUCGGAUAUUUCCCAACGUCUGGGUUCCUCCAGGUGGCCAUGUGGAGCUAGAUGAGACGCUUCUGGAUGCAGGUCUCAGGGAGCUACACGAGGAAACUGGACUCAAACUGGAACCGGAGCAAGUUUCUCCAAAAAUCCUGGGACUGUGGGAGUCGGUGUUUCCUCCCAUGCUGUCCAGAGGUCUUCCUCAGAGACAUCACAUAGUCAUCUACAUGCUGCUGCACUCGUCCCUCACUCACCUGCAGCUACAGCCCUCUCUCAGGCCUUCGCCUGCUGAGGUCAGUGCCUGUCUGUGGGCUGACAGCCGGCUGGUCAGAGCCAUCGUGUCUGCUGUGGACGGCGAGGAUGCCGAGGUUCGGCUGGACGACCAGCCGGAUAGCAUCAGUGUGUCGCAGGUGUCUGCAGAUGGCGCUCUGACUGAGUCUUUGAUGCCACUGGCGGUCUUCAUCAGUCGGGCGCCAGCCAGCGGUCCCGAUGUGGAGCGGGUCAGCACCGGGACCAAGUUUGCCCUGGAGCUGUGGCUCAGGACCUUGGAUGAGCCUGACCUCUGACCUUGAGCCGCCAUCUAAAACCCCACCCUGCAGGCAUCAGGAAGGACACGCCAGGAUGAGAGAAAUGAUUUUGCUGUGAAUCCCACUGCUGUUCUACACAGAAACAUUUAAAAUAGAAAUGACUUUCUAUUGUUACUUCAGACCAGCAGGUGGCAGUGCAGACCAGGUGUGGCUGGCAGGCUGUUUAUGGGGACAGGAGACGCUGCAGCAACUGACGUGGUGGUUGUUUAAUGGGCUUAUGGGUAUUUUCAGCUCAAGACUCAAAUCAGAUUCAUGUAAAGAAAGUAAAACCAAGAAAAAAAAGAACUUUUAUCAGAUGGCACUCUGAAGCAGCUUAUGUUGGAAAAUGACUUGUACAGAACAGAUAGUGUCCCAGUUAUGUAUAAUAACUAUAUGUAUAAUAAAAUUAGUGUUUGUUUUGGUUUUCCAAAAUUCUGGUUCUGAUAAGAAUGAGACAAUCCCAGACUUUUAUUAUCUAAAAUAAUCAUGUUAUCCAAAUAAAACAUCAAAUGUAAUUCUUUUGUCACAUAAAUGCUAUUUUUAGUUAAAUAUGACAGUUUCCAAAUUAUUAUCUACCAUGUACAUCUGCUGAGGGAGACUCUGUGGUGUCACGAAAAGAAAAAUGGAUUUUUUUGAGAAAACAAUAAAUACUCA